AUGGCAUCUAAUGGCUUAUUUCAGUUUGCCAUUGAUCGAGGUGGCACCUUCACUGAUGUCUGGGCUAGGUGUCCCGAUGGCAGAGUGCGGGUGAUGAAGUUGCUUUCUGAAGAUCCAGCAAAUUAUAAAGAUGCGCCGAAGGAAGCGAUCCGCAGAAUCAUUGCACAAGAGACAAACUCCCCAGGGGUGUCAGUUGACACUAGCAAGAUUGACUGGAUUAGAAUGGGCACAACUGUGGCAACUAAUGCCUUGCUUGAGCGGAAAGGAGAACCCAUGGCCUUAGUGAUCACCAAAGGAUUUCGAGAUCUGCUGCAUAUUGGCAACCAGUCUCGUCCAAAUAUCUUUGACCUGGAAAUUGUAAGUCCUGAAAAUCUGUAUGAAAAAGUAGUGGAGGUAGAAGAGCGUCUUGUUCUCAAACAGGAGGAUUGCCUGAUACAGCGUACUGAUGGACCAGUUAAAGGAACCACAGGAGAGAUGUUGUACACAUGGAAGCCGUUAAAUCUGUCUCAGCUGAGAAUAGAUUUACAGGAAGUGUUGGAUGAAGGCAUCAGGAGUCUUGCAGUGGUGCUUAUGCAUUCAUACAUCUAUCCAGGUCACGAGGAAGCUGUUGGGAAGCUUGCACAAGAGAUGGGCUUUACAAAUGUUUCAUUGUCUUCAAAAGUGAUGUCCAUGGCUAGAAUUGUUCCUCGGGGAUACACUGCUUGUGCUGAUGCCUACUUAACACCCUGCAUUAAGAGAUACAUUGAGGGAUUUAGAGAAGGACUCCAGGGAGCCAAAGUUCUGUUUAUGAGGUCUGAUGGAGGACUGACACCCAUGGAAAAUUUCAUGGGAUCUCAUGCGAUUCUGUCUGGUCCGGCCGGUGGAGUUGUUGGCUAUGCUGAAACCACAUUCGACAAGGAGAAACAAGUCCCAGUAAUUGGCUUUGACAUGGGAGGCACAUCCACAGAUGUCAGCAGGUUUGCAGGUGACUUUGAGCAUGUGUUUGAGUCCACGACAGCAGGGAUCACAAUACAGGCACCUCAGCUGGACAUCAACACAGUGGCUGCUGGUGGAGGCUCCAUGCUGUUCUUCAGAUCUGGGAUGUUUGUUGUCGGUCCAGAAUCGGCAGGAGCCCAUCCUGGGCCCGUCUGCUACAUGAAAGGUGGUCCGCUGACUAUCACAGAUGCUAAUCUGUGUUUAGGACGGCUGCUUCCAGAAUAUUUCCCUCACAUUUUUGGUAAAACUGAAGAUAUGCCACUUGAUAAAGACUCUACCAUGAAGGCUUUUGAGAAGCUUACAGAUGAAGUGAAUGAGUUCCUACUGGCCCAGGCAGAGGACAAGAGUAAGUUUAUCAAGAUGACCAAAGAGGAAGUUGGUCUGGGUUUCAUCCGUGUUGCAAACGAGACCAUGUGCCGGCCAAUCAGGGCACUCACUCAGGCUAAAGGUUAUGACACAUCUCGACACAUUCUGGCUUGCUUUGGUGGCGCAGGAGGACAACAUGCAUGUGCUAUUGCUCGCUCUUUGGGAAUGCAGGAAGUGUUCAUUCACAAAUAUGCAGGCAUCCUUUCAGCUUAUGGCAUGGCACUGGCUGAUGUUGUUAAUGAGGCACAGGAACCAUGUGCUUUAACAUACAGCCCAGAAAACUUCCAGCAGAUUGAUGACAGGAUUUCAGCGCUGGAGGAUGACUGUAAAACACAGCUCAUGAAGCAAGGUUUUGACAGCAAACACAUAGAGACUCAGCCAUUCCUCCACCUUCGUUAUGCAGGCACGGACUGUGCUUUGAUGUGCUCAGCCCAGCUUGUAUCCAGACGUGACACACCCGCUCAUGGAGAUUUUCAUGCAGCAUUCCUCACAAGAUACAAAACUGAAUUUGGCUUCACACUGAAGGAGCGGCAGAUUUAUGUUGAUGACAUUCGAGUUAGGGGGGUUGGGAAAUCUCAAGCUGCUUCACAUGCCGAGAUACCACCAGCCACGGGGCCACCAAGAAAAGAGAAGACCAUUAAAACUCAUUUUGAAGAAGGUGCCCUGGAUACAGAUGUGUAUCUGCUAGGUAAUUUAUGUGCAGGUCAUACCAUGAAUGGACCUUCUAUUAUUAUUGACAACAACAGCACAAUCCUCGUGGAACCGAACUGUGUAGCGGAGAUCAGUCGAUAUGGAGACAAGGUGAUUGGAACAGACCUUGAUGCCAUUCAGCUGUCCAUUUUCUCGCACAGGUUUAUGAGCACUGCUGAACAAAUGGGCAGGGUUUUACAAAGGACAUCAAUAUCAACAAACAUAAAGGAGCGUCUAGAUUUUAGCUGUGCCAUGUUUGGACCUAAUGGUGGUCUUGUGGCUAAUGCUCCGCACAUCCCAGUCCAUCUUGGUGCCAUGCAGGAGACUGUCCAGUAUCAGAUGAGAACUUUAGGUGAUAAUUUUAAAGAUGGAGAUGUCAUUCUAAGCAAUCACCCAGAGGCAGGGGGAAGCCACUUGCCUGACCUCACUGUCAUUACACCAGUGUUUUUUAAAGGAGAGCCAAGACCUGUCUUCUUUGUAGCUAGCAGAGGGCACCAUGCAGACAUCGGGGGCAUCACUCCAGGCUCAAUGCCCCCUCACUCCACAUCCAUAUUUCAGGAGGGAGCUGUUUUCAAGUCUUUCAAGCUGGUAGAAGGAGGAGAGUUCCGAGAAAAAGAGCUGAUUCAAGCUUUCAAUGACCCAGCCAAGUACCCAGGAAGCAGUGGCACAAGGAACUUGCAUGAUAACCUCAGUGACCUGAAGGCUCAGGUGGCGGCUAACCAUAAGGGCAUCAAGUUGAUCACAGAACUGAUCAACGAAUACGGCUUGAAUGUGGUGCAGGCUUACAUGAAGUACAUUCAGGAAAAUGCAGAGGUGGCUGUAAAAGAUAUGUUGAGAGAGAUCGCUAGGAAAACCAAAGCUCGCUCAGGGAACACAGAAUUAUAUGCUGAAGAUUGUAUGGAUCACGGAACCAAGAUCUGCUUGCAUGUUAAUAUAGAUGAGAAAGAGGGUACAGCAGUGUUUGACUUCACUGGGACAGGCUAUCAAGUCCAUGGAAAUACUAAUGCCCCCCGAGCUAUCACAUUGUCUGCUAUUAUUUACUGUAUGAGGUGUAUGGUGGGGCAUGAUGUGCCACUGAAUCAGGGUUGCCUGGCACCCAUUAAGGUGAUCAUGCCCAAGGGUAGCAUCAUUGACCCGUCAGAGCAAGCUGCAGUUGUUGGAGGCAAUGUGCUCACAUCUCAAAGGAUUGUGGAUGUUGUUUUCAGGGCCUUUGAAGUUUGUGCUGCUUCUCAGGGCUGCAUGAAUAAUGUGACUUUUGGCGAUGAGAAAGUUGGUUACUAUGAAACGGUUGCCGGUGGGGCCGGAGCUGGGCCUACUUGGAACGGCAGGAGUGGAGUCCACACACACAUGACCAAUACAAGAAUCACUGACCCAGAGAUCAUAGAGAAGAG